CGAGCUUCAGUCGUUUUGCUGAAGACGCAGACGAUGUUUAACAUGAGCCCAAGGUCUACCGCCGAGAACCCCAAUACCACCCUGCGCUACCGCCGCCUGUGUCACCAGAGAACAGACCCCACGUGGAGAAAGUUUUGGAAGAGAAAGACAAUCUUCAUUCAUCACCACACCUGAGGAAGUCUUUUGUGCAAGGACUGCCAAACCAUGAUGGCAGAAUCUCUGCCCUGCUGUGGCCCCAUGGGCACACUGGCCGGAUGGGAGUUGGAAGCCUGGUAUGAAGAUCUACAGGACAUCUUGUGUUCAGAAAUAAAGAAUGCAGACUCUUUCCAAGCUGCUGGGUGUGAAGAGCAGAAUGGGCAGAUGCCAGUGGAUGCUUCCAAUGACCUUUAUCAAUGGACAUUUGAGACAGACUGUCCUUUAUCCGUGGAGCUCAGUGAUGAAGAUGUUAUUGCUUUAGAAGCUGUUGUAGACCAGCUUCCUACUGAGGUUUUGGAAUUUAUUAGCCCUGUGCCCCUUAAUGACAAUAUUGCUCCCUCUGAGUCUCAAGAGACUGAAAAUGUCCAGAGUGCAGCAUCUGAACCAGAACCUUGCUACAGCAGCUCUCCAUCCCAAAUCCACACAGAGGAUGAGGAAUCCAGCACUAGCUUGUGUGGCACAAAGAGAAAGAGGAGCAGUAAACAAAGAGGAGGGAAGGUUCGUGUGAAGGAGCGAGAACAAGAGAAUGACAAGAAAGUGUCCUAUCUGGUGGCUGAGAAUGAACGAUUGAAAGCUGAGAUUGAACGUCUAAGUGUAGAAGUGGAGAAAACUAGGAAAGAUUUGAUCGAAAGGAUGGUGAACCUUAAAAGGGUUUAAAUUUAAGACCAAAGACUGGACUGAGUGGUAUGAACAGCAUUUAGAAUGUUUUGAUGUCUGCAUGGACACUCCUUCACCGUGAUGGAUCUUGUACAGUUCUUUUUUUUAUUUUGUUUCCUAAAACAAAACCAGGACUAAUGGCUAGCUGUUUAGUUUGGGGACCUACAUCUUGUGUAUGUUUAAACUGUUUAUUGGAUAGUAUGGCAACUUUAUCUAAAGCAGACCAGUUAACUAAAACCUGGGGUUUAUUUUCACUUUCCAGUUGGCUCUCCAGUACUUGGUGACCACACAAUUCCAAAACUGGGGAUUAUCCAGGUUUCAACAUAUAUCAAACGUGGACAGGCUGUGUGGGCCUUGGGCUGGCUUAAACUGCUACUCUAAUUCCCUUAAGCAGUUUGCAAAUGUUUGAGUGCAUGCUAGGAAUUGUCUGCACAAGACAUUAACUAGAAGUGCAAAUAACAAUUUAAACUUAAGCUUUAAGAAGUACUCUGGGUUCUAGUUAACUGGUCUUAACACUUGCAAAACCGUUAUAUAGAACUUCUGUCUAGGAUUUCUCUUCAUAUA